UAUGACGUCAGCCCACCCUUUGCAGCUAUAACAGCUUCAACUCUUCUGGGAAGGCUUUCCACAAGGUUUAGUAGUGUGUUUAUGGGAAUUUUUGACCAUUCUUCCAGAAGCGCAUUUGUGAGGUCAGACACUGAUGUUGGACGAGAAGGCCUGGCUCGCAGUCUUCGCUCUAAUUCAUCCCAAAGGUGCUCUAUCGGGUUGAGGUCAGGACUCUGUGCAGGCCAGUCAAGUUCUUCCACACCAAACUCGCUCAUCCAUGUCUUUAUGGACCUUGCUUUGUGCACUGGUGCGCAGUCAUGUUGGAACAGGAAGGGGCCAUCCCCAAACUGUUCCCACAAAGUUGGGAGCAUGGAAUUGUCCAAAAUCUCUUGGUAUGCUGAAGCAUUCAGAGUUCCUUUCACUGGAACUAAGGGGCCAAGCCCAGCUCCUGAAAAACAACCCCACACCAUAAUCCCCUCUCCACCAAACUUCACAGUUGGCACAAUGCAGUCAGACAAGUACCGUUCUCCUGGCAACCGCCAAACCCAGACUCGUCCAUCAGAUUGCCAGAUGGAGAAGCGUGAGUUGUCACUCCAGAGAAUGCGUCUCCACUGCUCUAGAGUCCAGUGGCGGCGUGCUUUACACCACUGCAUCCGACGCUUUGUAUUGCACUUGGUGAUGUAUGGCUUGGAUGCAGCUGCUCGGCCAUGGAAACCCAUUCCAUGAAGCUCUCUACGCACUGUUCUUGAGCUAAUCUGAAGGCCACAUGAACUUUGGAGGUCUGUAGCGAUUGACUCUGCAGAAAGUUGGCGACUUCUGCGCACUAUGCGCCUCAGCAUCCG